GUACAAUGGAACUCUCAAGAACUAUAGAAACGGAAACAGGAGAAAUGAUUGUAAAAAGAGUCAGCGUGCCCCUUGGCUUAGAGGAACUUAUGGAGGGCUUGGCGAAGGAAGUCAUCCUCAAAAAACCUAAAGAUAUCUAUAUAUUCGCAGCAGAUUAUUUCAGUCGAUUGCUCCAACUACGCGAUUCAGGAUUAUACAGAGGUAAUGUACGAUCUGCAAAACUAGCAGUCAGACGUCCAUUCAGGGCUACAGUUGUUGGGCACAGUGCACUAUCAAAUUCAGAGACUAAAGGAUCAGGAACUAUGAAGGGAAGAAAAACACCAUUUCCACAGCAUUCCGAUAGUUCGAAUAUACAUGAAGAUAGAAAAACUAUGAUACAAAACCACUUGCGUAAGAAAAAAGAAAUUGAAAUGAAUAAAAAGCAACCAUCAACACAACCCAUAAAUCAAAACAACAGAAGAAGCUAUUUACCUACAAGGUCACGAUCACUGAGUAAGGGUUCCUUCGAUAAAAGUCGGGAUUCAGAAGAAACAGACAAAACUGAUAAACGGACGUUUAGUUCAGGAAAAGAAAAUAUACCUCAACAGAAGAGAACUACAAAUAAGAUAUCUCCUCGAAGCAGAUCCACUUCUGGAUCAUCAUCUUCAAGUUUGAGAGAACUGAAAGGGAAGAAACGGAUGGAAGCUAUAAAGGAAAAAAAUUUGAAUAUCUGUGGCACUGACACUCUCAACAAAAUAAACGGUCAUCCUAAGGCUUCAUCUGAAAAUGUUGAAACAGUGAAUGAGUCGGAUCGUGAUAUUCAACGAACUAUAUCUGUUACACAAGAUAAAAAUGGUCACUAUGAGGUACUUUAUCGGCCAGCACCCCUUCCCAUUAGUGAAGUUCAGAGUAAUAAAAUUCAACCUCAACAAUCUGGUGACAAAACAGUCGGUGAUGAAAACAGGUCGUCUGAUGGUCUAACUGUAGCUGACACUGAUGAGGAUCCGAAGAAGAAUUCUGGAUUUGAAAAUAUAGAUAAUGAAGUUAAGUCAGCUAUUGCAAUUCAAGCUGCAUGGAGAGGAAGAAAGGAGCGACAAAAAUUGAAAAAGUGUUCUGCAGAGGGAACGGCUGAUAUAGGGCAUUCGAUGAUUGAAGGUAAAAAAUCUGAAAUGAACGAAAACGCAAAUGAGGAUGAAACUGAAAAAUCUGAUCAAUCUGAAGAUCAAUCUCAAUCACAGGAAGCCUUACCUAGUGGGAACAAUACUAUCAUAGAAAGUUCCACCAACGAAACUGGUGAAAUUCAAAAUAUUAAGUCGAAUUUAGACAAUCCGAUAGAUGAACAUUCAGAAGAUAAAGGUGGGGAAACAGAAUUAGAUAAAGAACCAAAAGGCUCUGAUACUAAUACUUCAGUAGAUGAACUGUUGAACUCUUCGACCGAAACAGAGGCAAGCGAAGAAAAAUUCAGUGAUAUUAAUGAAAUCGAGAAAUCAGACAAGCUUUCAAUUGAUCACAUUCCGAAUAAUUCUGCUUCGAUUGAAGAACUAGAAAAUGAUGGAGAAGUUAAGACAAUGAGUAGAAAAAAAUCUGAUGGAAAUAACGAGGAUAAGAACGCGGAUGACGAAGAUAAUAUUGGAAGAGAUUAUCACCGUUCACAAACUAUAGAAAUGACAAGUGAUAAAGUGAAGAGGACGCAUUCCUCGAAUGAUGUUGAUAGUUCCGAUAAAGAAACAUUACGCGAUGUAACUUCUUCAGCGUUCCAUGAGGACGAAUCUGCCUGUCAAAGUGAAGAGUGUAGCCUUCCAUCUAACCAAAGCUUGGAAGAAGGUGACACAAAAAUUUCACAGAAAUAUAACUCAAAUGAAGCAGAAACCAAUGAAAUGAUUAGAGAAAACUCAGAACUCGAGCAGCCGGAUAAUGAAAAAGAAAAAACAAUGAAUACUGAGUCUGGUCAAAAUGUUUCAACCGAAGAAAAUACGUUGAUUGAACCAAAAAUGUUGGCAUCUAGUUCCAAUCUAACUGAAAAGGAUCUAAAUAGAUGUAGUGAAAAUAAUAAGAUUGUUGAAGAUGAAGUAACUAGUAAUGAGAAUUUUGAAAUCAAAAGUCCCUCGAGAGGAGAAAAAAUUAGUAAAGAAAUAGGCUUGGAGAAAAAUAUAGCCGAUACACCCGAAUCUUUCAAUGCAGAUGCAACAAAAGACAAGAUGAUUGACACAAUAGAUCAAUCCCAAGAUAUUGACCAUUCUGGAGUUCGAGCAAAGAGGAGUACAACAAUAAAUUCUGGAACUUCUUCCGUUGGUGAGGACUCUGAAAAACAAAAUUCAGUUAAUGAGGCGCAACAGAAGCAAUUAAACAAUAAUAAAUUCGACUCCAAUGAGCCUAGGGAUAACACCAAUUGUCAAAAUCGAGAAGAAAGUCACAAAGACAUCUCGAACAAUAUUGAUAAUUCUGAUAAUAUUAAAUGCUCAAAUACAUCGAACAAUGACAAAGAUGAUGAAAAUACAGAUGGAAAUAAUAAGAAAUCAAACCUUGGUGAAGUUGAUGAGCAGCAUUUCAAAAUAUCGAAGGACGAUUGUGAAGUAGGUUAUGAAGAAAGGAUAAUGAACCAAGAAGAUAAUUCAGACAGUAAGAAUAAAGUUGAGGUCGAUAAUAGUUCUCUCGCUAACACUAGUCUAGAAAACAUAAAUGUUGAUUCUGUAACUGCAGACUUGAUGAAAGAAAAGGCAGUGAAUGGAAAUGAAUCACACAAAAGUGACAACAAGAUCUCGAGCAUUGAGAUGAAUAACGAGAAUGGAGAAAAAACAGAUACCCCAAAUAAUGUUCCUCGAAUAGACAAGGAUAGUAGAGGUGGAAUUCAAAAUACAGAAAAAAUGGAUGAAAUAACAAACGAAGAAUUAAAUGAUAAUGAAGCGGAUCAGGCUGAAAUGAAAUCAACUUGCGAUGUUAUAAGUCAUGAAAAUGCCGAAACAAAGAUAGAUAAUCUGGCCGAAAAUAAAAAAAUGGAAGAUAAUGAGAACGGAGAUGAUGAGAAAACUAAUGUAGAAUGCGAUAACAGUGUGCCACACAACAUAAAAAAUAGUGAAACAAUAGAUAAGGAAAUUGAUGAAAAAAAAUUAGAAGUUGAUGAAAAAGCUAGAAAUGAGCAUAGUGCAAAAAUGGAUAACAUUCAGAAAGAAAAUUCACCUAGUGAAAAAGAAAUCUCCAAAGAUUCUAUAGGAGAAGAAAAUAAAGGGAGCAUUGAUGAAUCAUAUUCUACGAAUGUAGCUACUGAACAGAUAAAUGAAAUGCAAGACUCAGAAAAUGAAGAGAAAAAUAUCGUGGGAUCGGAUAACGAGAAAAGUGAAACCAAUUCAUCUUCCAAUGAAAAAGAAAAACAGGAACUGGAAAGAAUUAUGAUGAAUCAGGAGCACAAUCCACAAAGUGAAAUGGAAAAUAAAAUGGACAUUGAAUCUGUCGAUAAAUCCGAAGAUGUGAAUGCAACCCUAGAAUCCAAGAAAAACUGCGAAAUUAAAAAUUCUGAAACUUCAGAAGAUCGCAGAUCUGAUAGAGUCCAACUCGAAUCAGAAAAAAAUGAAAAACCAUCAGAUGAUCCAACGAGUGAGAGUGGAAAUUUUGCUACCAAAUCAGAUAUUUUGGAUGUUAGUGGCAAUCCUGGUCUUUCUAAUUCAAUGACUGGGAAGAACCUGAAAACUGUAGAUGAGUCUGUUACAGAUAAAGAUAACUCAACAGGUAGUUCCGUUACCUCGAUAAAUGAAGACACUAAAACUAUAAAAGAGCUGAAACAACAGACAACAAAUGAACUAGUCGGAGUGUGUUUGGGUGAACAUGGAGAAAAAGUAAAUGAUGAAGUUUUAGGUGUCAGUUCGGAUACGAAUAAAGAGGAAACACCUUCUAUAGAUCGCUCUAAAAGGAAGUCUGCACUUCGAAUUCAAACCAUUUGGAGAGGAUUUCAGGCGAGGAAACAUCUUAAAAAACUUCUUGAACAUAAAUUGGAAGAAUCAGAUUAUCGUUCCACUCCCCAUAAGAAACUCUCUGACGACUUGAUGAGAGACGAAAACGAAAAUCUGCCUGAAACUAAAAACCAGAAUCUGCCGAAUAGUGAGGAGCAGGAAAUUAUUCAGUUGUCGAAGACUGCAGAGGUGGAAAACGAAGAUCCAAGAAAUAUCGAGGACACUGAAGAGCCUGAGUUGCAGAACGGCGAAAAUUUCACAACAGAUGAAGUCCGAGCUGCGAUAAAAAUACAAUCUGCUUUCCGAAACUCUAGGAAAAAAGGUUUGGUCAACAAUGUCCAAACGGUCGAAUCUCACGCGAAUAAUUCUCAGCAAGGAAGGGAAAACGAUAAAACUAUUGCUCAUGAGUCAGAUAUACCAAAAAUAAAUUUGAGAACUCUUAACAAUUCACCAUCAGAAAGUAAGAAAAAUUUUGAUAAAGAAAAUUACUCUGGUGAAGAAAUACGUGCCGCUGUAAAAAUUCAAACAGCAUUCCGCAAAUGCAGAGAAAAUUUUGCUAAAAGAAGAGAAGAAAAUUCUCCUAAAGUUGAACAUUUCAAUGAAACCGAUCACGAGAUGGAAAAUCCAAUGAAAUCUGAAAGUUCAACUUCAGCAAAUGUCGAUGGCUUUUCCCCUGAUGAAAUAAGAGCUGCAACGAAAAUUCAAUCAACAUUUCGGAAAUCCAGGAAACAAAGAUCGAAGCCGAAACUGGAAGAUUUGGAUUUGAAUUCCGACAAAGGGAAAGAGUACUUGAAAGAAAUAUUGAAGAUACAGUCCGCUUGGCGGGCCUAUAGGGUGAAGAAGAACAUACGGGAUGUUGAAAAAAAGAUCACAACCAUGGAAAACAUAUCAGGGAAUCACUCCAAAAAAUCUAUACAUCUUACUGAUCAAGAAAUUCUGAAGGCAGUUACAAAAAUCCAAGCUGGUUUGCGAGGGUACUUGACACGAAAGCACUUCAGCAAUCUGCGUGGACAAAAUGAAUCUCUAGAUCGAAUAAAGGAAGAAUCAAGUUCUGAUUAUAGUCGUAUGAAUUCUACCAGUUCGAAUGAUGAGCAGUUGUUAGAAAUACUCAAGCAAGUGGAGGGCGCUUCGAUUCCGAAUACCCUUCCUGACAUUCCUUCACAUGAAUUUUCCGAGCUUCAAAAUGACGAACAUAAUAAGCAAGGAACUCUGAAGCAAAAUGAAGAUACUAAAGAGGAAAGUGAAACGGAAAUUUUAGACUCAGGUUCUCAUGAGGAUUUGAAGAAUGAUACCGAUUGUACAAAUGGCCAUAAAGAAAACUCUAUCGAUGGAAAAUGUAACGUAAAAGAAGAACAUAUAGACAGUAAUGGAGAUGACGACCUAGAAGUCAAUACUAAUGAGGUCAAUUCAUCCGAACCCGAACACUCAGAACUAAAAAAGCUUGACGAAAAUGGAGAGAAAGAGUUAAUAUCACAAACAAAUUCUACCGAUCAUCAUGAAAACCAUGAGGAAAACUCUAACAUUGGAAAAUGUUACGAAAAAGAAGAACAUGUAGAUAGUACUGCAGAUAACGACUUGAAAGUCGAAACUAAUGAUGUCGAUUCAACCAAAUCACAAUAUUCAGAGCAAGGAAAGUUUGGAGAAAACGGAGAUGAAGAGUGCAUAUCACAACCAAAUUCUACCGAUCAUCAUGAAAACCAUGAGGAAAACUCUAACAUUGGAAAAUGUGACGAAAAAGAAGAACAUGUUGACGGUACUGCAGAUGACGACUUGAAAGUCAAAACUAAUGAUGUCGAUUCAACCAAAUCACAAUAUUCAGACCAAGAAAAGCUUGAAGAAAAAGGAGAUGAAGAGUGCAUAUCACAACCAAAUUCUCAUGCUCUCAGUAUACCUCAGCCAUCGACAGAAAAUAAAACCAUCGAAUUGAAAGACAGUGGGGAAAGUAAAAACAACAAUGGGACGGAUCACACCUAUAGUUUCUUGGAUUCCAAAACUGAAUCUGGAACUCAAAUAGAUGAAGAAGUAAAAAAAUACACAAGCACAAAAUUAGAAAGUACGAACACUCAAGGUGUGCCCAUAAAAGGUGAAGUCUCCUCAGGAAGCAAAUUAGUAGACUCCAAGGAAGAGGAAAAAACUGGAGUAGAUCUGCAUGAAUCUUCUGAAGAUUCUCCAGGAGAAAUCAAUGAAACCGAUCAUUCACAUUCAACUGUCUCGUCAGCAAAAUCUGAUAAAAAGGAUGGUAAGAGCUUCAAUGAAUUAGACUAUUCAGGUUCUCUGAAUGAUAAGGAUGAGAAGAGUGAAAAUUCGUAUAAAAAUAAGGUAUGUUCCACUAGAGGAACCCUCAAGAAAACCAAAGCAAUAGAUAAUUUGGUGGAGCUGGCCGAGAAAUUUGAGACCAAUCACGAAAAGUUAGACGAUAACGAAGGGAGUAAUAAUGCUUCGGACGAAACUUCAACAACAAAUAUAAGUGUUGCAAUGAAUGAUGAUACAAAACCUGGCGAAAAAUUAGCUUCAUUUGAAAUACCUGAAGACUUCGAGAUAUAUAAUCCUGACGAUAAUCACAUGAGCAAAAACUCAGGGGAUGAGGAACAAAAAAACGCAACCAAGGGCUAUGAUCCAAACCGAGACAAUAUUGAUGAGGCAGAGGAGGCUGAUUCAAAAUCAAUAGACGAACUUGAAAUGAAGAAUGAUACAUCCAAAAUACAGUUUGAUGCUAAAGAAAACCAAGAAACAUUUUUUGAACCCAAAGAAGAAAAAGUAGAUGAAUCUCCUGAUACUAUAGAUAACUCCACUGGUAUCAAUGAGAUGAUGAGCAAAAGAAUUUGUAAAAGUACCUGCGAAGAUGGAUCAAAUUGCGGUAGUUCAGAAAGUACUAAGAAUGUGAAGGUCGAUCUUCCGUCAAGAACUGAAACUCAAGAGCUUGAUCCUAAAAGUAAAAGACCCACACUAACUGACUUCAUGAAGAAAACAUUAGAAAUGGAUGAGCAUCAUUCUACUGAAGAGCAAUUAUUGAAGAGUUCUCCAGAGAAAGUGUUUGAAGACGUUCAGUCCAUGCCCGAAGUUUCUGGAAACUCUACAAAGCUGGUACCUGUCCGAAGUAGGUACGAAUCAGCAACCAAAAUACAAAGUGUAUAUCGUGGUUACAAAGCAAGAAAAUAUGCCGAGAGUCUCAAAAAUAAACUCAUUUCAACGAAAGCAGACGAUUUCUCCAGAAAUAUUUCACCUGGUAAAUCUGGGAGUUCGACAGCCAAUGUGCGCAUAACCCAUGGACCUCCUGAUCAUAUAAAUCAGAAUUCACCGGAAGAAUCCCAUGUGGGAGGACCUCAAACUCACGAUGUUGGAGUCGGUGAUGAUGGUGAUGGAGGAGGAUUACAAGAAACAGUUCCAGCAGGUGUUGAAAUCUUGACAACGGAAACCCACCAUCCUACCGACGUCGACGGAGCGUCUGGUGACGUCGAAAGCGACGCGCAGCCGUCGGUUGAAGACGCCAACACGCAAGAUGUGCUCAGUAAUAAGUCAGAAGUUGAGAGUGUGUGCGAGAUGGAGUCGACGAAACGCAACAAUUCAACUUUGCGCAUCAAAAACAUGGAGGCUGAAGCUGCCACCAAGAUCCAAGCUGGUUUCAGAGGUUAUAAAGUCAGGAAACAACUCAAAAUGAAGGGCACACCUUCCGAAGAAUCCACCAAGAAAACAGUGAGACGUAAAAGUUCCAGCUGUCUGACAGAAAAUCAAGCCAAGAAACAGAAGGAAAACAUCGACCUACAGGAAAAAUCCGCAGUUAAGAUUCAAGCUGGAAUUCGUGGAUUUCUCGUCAGAAAGAAGGUUAAAAGGCCUCAGAAAUCGCAAGAGUGAUAUGAGAAAAUGUGAAUCUGGAAAUGAGUGAGCUUUUCUAUUCCAACCAUCUGUGGGCACGUCCCCAGUUUUCCUACUCGAAUUUUUUACUAGGAUCAUUUAAUUAUCGAUCACUAUACUGUUUGUUUCUGUAAUGAAUAAAUUGAGUCGAAAUGUAAAAGUGUUAAUAUUAGAUAGGUACUCAUACCAGAGUUACCUUAGUUAUGUUUAUCUUAGAGUUUGCAGGGUUCAUUAGAACGAUUGGAUAGACAUUAUAGUCCCAAGUUCGUUCAAAGCAUAAUUGAAAUUUUUUAUUGUAGUCAACAAAUUUGUUUGCAUUUCUUAGUGAAUCAAGCUCUAAUUGUAUCAAAUACAUUGGCACAUGAAAUGUGAGUUAUAGUAAUAAUUAUUUAUUUUCUUAUACUGAAUAAAUGUUGAAAAACAUUCUGAAUCAAUCACAA